UUUGAAGCAAAGCAACCAGAGCAAAAGAUGUGAAAACAAGUAUGACCGACUCGUUUCCAGAUUUGAAAUGUCCGAAAUCCAUAUCGACAAAUAAAUCUCGCACUUUGCUAAACCAAUCCAAUUGAAUUCAAAAAUGUCCAUGUAAAAUUCACCCAAUCGCCGCUAAAUCCACCACUGAAUUCACUCAGUCGUAGAUCGGAAAUGUCGGUAGGCAGCAGCGGCGGUGGAUCGCAGAGCCUCGGCGGGCCCACUCGUUGCGGAUGGGUUUUGGGGCCAUCUCUGGACAAAAUCAUCAAGAAUGUAGCUUGGAGAAAGCACUCUCAUCUCGUGAAUGCUUGUAAAUCAGCGCUCGAUAAGCUCCACUCGUUGUCCGACGCGGAAAAUUCGCAGGAUCUGGCUGUUUCCGGCGCGCCGCUCUUCGGUUUCAAUGAAUCCGACGGUGAAUUGCUGUUACAGCCGUUGGUUUUAGCUCUGGAGACUGCUUAUCCGAAAGUUGUGGAGCCUGCGCUCGAUUGCGUGUAUAAAUUGUUCGGGUUAGGGUUGAUUAGAGGUUGUGAGGUUUCGAUGGAGCGGGUUUCGGGUGGAUCAAAGGUUGUUUUCGAUAUUCUUGAGGCGGUGUGUAAGUGUGGGGGGUUAGGGGAUGAGGCGAUUGAGUUAGCGGUUUUGAAAGUGUUGCUUUCGGCUGUUAGGUCUCCGGCUGUGUUGAUUAGAGGUGAUUGUUUGGUUGACAUUGUCAAGUCGUGUUAUAAUGUGUAUUUAGGGGGGUUGAAUGGGACGAAUCAGAUAUGCGCCAAGGCUGUGUUGGCGCAGAUGAUGAUUAUUGUUUUUAUGAGAGUGGAGGUUGAUUCGAUGGUGGUUCAGUUUAAGAGUGUUGUGGUGGGGGAUCUUUUGGAGUUUUCGGAUAGGAAUUUGAAUGAAGGGAGUUCGAUACAGUUUGCUCAGAAUUUUGUUAAUGAGGCUGUUCAGAUGUUUAAUGAAGGGAGGUUUUCAGCUGAUUCGAUGCAGUCUGCUGCUUCUACUCCUCCUGCUGAGGUAGCCGAACAUAAGAAAGGGGAUGAGUCACCUGGAAGUUUGAGUGAUUAUACUAAGAUCCGAGAGGAUGGGCUAAUGCUUUUCAAGAACUUGUGCAAAUUAUCUAUGAAGUUCUCGUCUCAAGAGCAACCCGAUGAUGAAAUUCUUUUGAGGGGAAAGACAUUGUCACUGGAGUUGCUUAAGGUCAUUAUGGACAAUGCGGGUUCCAUCUGGCGAACAAAUGAGAGGUUUCUAAAUAAUGUCAAGCAGUACCUAUGCUUAUCUUUGUUAAAAAACAGUGCCCUGUCUGUUAUGACUAUUUUUCAGCUUCUUUGUUCAAUUUUCGAAAACUUCCUAACAAAGUUCAGAUCAGGCUUGAAAUCAGAAAUAGGAAUUUUUUUUCCCAUGCUCAUUCUGCGUGUGCUUGAGAAUGUUCUCCAACCUAGCUUCCUACAGAAGAUGACUAUCCUUAAUCUAUUGGAGAAGAUAUCACAAGAUCCCGAGAUUGUGAUUGAUAUUUUUGUUAACUAUGAUUGUGAUGUGGAUGCUCCAAACAUCUUUGAAAGGACUGUUAACGGCCUUCUGAAAACUGCUCUAGGUCCACCUCCUGGUUCAGCAACCACGCUGUCUCCUGCUCAUGACCUUACAUUUCGGCUUGAGUCUGUUAAGUGUUUAGUUAGUAUCAUCAAGUCCAUGGGACUUUGGAUGGACCAACAGUUGAAAAUAGGCGAUUUUUUCCCGCCAAGCUCCUCUGAUGAUGAAAGUCGUGGAGGUGAUGAAAGCAAUCUUUCAGAUUAUGACUUGCAAUCUGAAGCAGCUUCUGAAUACUCAGAUGCGGCUACUCUUGAGCAACGGCGAGCUUAUAAAUUAGAGGUUCAGAAAGGCGUCUCUCUGUUUAAUAAAAAGCCUUCCAAGGGUAUUGAUUUUUUGAUAAGAAACAAAAGAAUAAGUGGUUCUCCGGAAGCAGUUGUAGAUUUCUUGAAAAAUACAUCUGGCUUAAACGAGGCAAUGAUCGGGGACUAUUUGGGUGAAAGAGAGGAAUUUUCUCUUAAAGUCAUGCAUGCUUAUGUUGAUUCCUUCAACUUCGGAGGAAUGGACUUCGGAGAGGCAAUUAGAUUUUUCUUAAGGGGCUUCAGGUUGCCUGGAGAAGCACAGAAGAUUGACAGAAUCAUGGAAAAGUUUGCGGAGCGCUACUGUAAAUGCAACCCUACUUCAUUCACUAGUGCAGAUACUGCUUAUGUUCUUGCUUACUCUGUGAUAAUGCUCAAUACAGAUGCCCAUAAUACCAUGGUCAAAGAUAAGAUGACCAAGGCUGAUUUUAUACGAAACAAUCGUGGAAUUGAUGACGGAAAGGACUUAGCAGAAGAAUAUCUGGGGGAUCUUUAUGAUCAAAUUGUGAGGAAUGAGAUUAAGAUGAAAGCAGAUAUGUCUGUACCUCAGAGCAAACAGUCAAAUAAUUUGAAUAGACUAUUGGGCUUAGAUGGUAUACUUAAUUUUGUUUGGAAGCAGACUGAAGAAAAACCCUUGGGUGCAAAUGGAGUUCUUAUAAGGCACAUUCAGGAGCAGUUCAAGGCAAAUUCUGGGAAGUCCGAGUCUAUUUAUUAUUGUGUGACUGAUCCAGCUAUAUUGAGGUUUAUGGUUGAGGUUUGCUGGGGUCCAAUGCUUGCUGCUUUUAGUGUGACAUUAGAUCAGAGUGAUGACAAGGCUGCAACUUCUCAGAGCUUACAAGGCAUCCGGCAUGCUGUUCAUGUUACCGCUGUAAUGGGCAUGCAGACCCAAAGAGAUGCGUUUGUUACCACAGUUGCCAAAUUUACUUACUUACAUUGUGCUGCAGAUAUAAAACAGAAAAAUGUCGAUGCUGUCAAGGCCAUUAUUUCAAUUGCCAUUGAAGAUGGAAAUUAUCUACAAGAGGCUUGGGAGCAUAUAUUAACAUGUUUAUCGCGGUUUGAGCAUUUGCAACUAUUAGGAGAGGGUGCACCUUCUGAUGCAUCAUUUUUCACUACGCAAAAUGGUGAACCUGAUGAAAAAUCGCCGAAGUCGUCCUCCUUGAGGAAGAAAGGAACUCUUCAGGAUCCAGCUGUGAUGGCUGUUGUUAGAGGAGGUUCAUAUGAUAGUACAAGUCGUAAAAGCAAUACGUCUGGACUGGUAACCCCAGAGCAGAUUAGUAACUUCAUUUCAAACCUAAAUCUGCUUGAUCAGGUUGGCAGUUUUGAAUUGAACCACAUUUUUGCACAUAGCCAAAGGUUAAAGAGCGAGGCUAUAGUGGCUUUUGUGAAAGCUCUGUGUAAAGUAUCCAUGUCAGAGUUGCAGUCUCCCACAGAUCCUCGUGUAUUCAGUCUCACAAAGAUAGUUGAAGUCGCGCAUUACAAUAUGAAUCGGAUUAGGCUAGUAUGGUCUCGAAUAUGGAGUGUUCUUUCAAAUUUCUUUGUGUCUGUUGGUUUGUCUGAGAAUCUUUCAGUCGCAAUCUUUGUCAUGGAUUCUCUGAGACAACUUGCUAUGAAGUUUCUAGAGCGCGAGGAGCUGGGGAACUACAAUUUUCAGAAUGAGUUUCUGAUGCCAUUUGUUAUCAUCAUGCAAAAAAGCAGCUCUGCUGAAAUUAGAGAGCUAAUAGUUCGUUGCAUCUCACAGAUGGUCCUAACUCGCGUCAAUAAUGUAAAAUCUGGCUGGAAGAGUGUUUUUAUGGUUUUUACUGCUGCUGCAGCUGAUGAAAGAAAGAACAUUGUUUUGCUGGCCUUUCAAACAAUGGAAAAAAUAGUACGAGAAUAUUUUCCGCACAUAACUGAGGUUGAGGCUGUGACUUUUACAGACUGUGUUAAAUGCCUAAUUACAUUCACAAGCAGCAGAUUCAAUAGUGAUGUUAGCCUCAAUGCUAUUGCUUUUCUCCGAUUUUUUGCUGUCAAACUUGCGGAUGGGGGACUUACUUUGAUUGUCGAAGAUAAUGAUGAUGAUUCAUCUGUCAAAGUAGUGGAUGGUGAGGGUACAGAUGGGCGAAUUGUGACCUCUAAAGAAUCCUAUUGGAUUCCUUUACUUACAGGGUUAUCGAGAUUGACGUCAGACCCUAGGUCAGCUAUCCGAAAAAGUGCUCUGGAAGUGCUUUUUAACAUUUUAAAGGAUCAUGGUCAUCUUUUCUCUCAACAAUUUUGGAUCAGUAUUUUUAGUACUGUAAUAUAUCCUGUAUUUGAAUCUGCAAGUAAUAACAAGGAAUCUCAUGUACAAGAUCAGUCACUUAUAGCUUCUGGAUCUCCACUUCCUCAAAGCCAGCCCUGGGACUCUGAAACUAUUGCUGUGGCAGCUCAAUGUCUAGUAGAUAUCUUUGUCAGUUUUUAUACGGUGGUUAGAUCUCAAUUAGUUGGGUUGGUUUCCAUACUUGCAGUUUUUAUAACAAGUACUGGCAAGGGUUAUGCAAGUACUGGUGUAGGGGCACUGAUGCGAUUGGUAAAAGAUCUGGGGAGUAGGCUAUUAGAAGAUGAAUGGAAAGAUAUAUUCCUUGCUUUGAAUAAGACCGCAGUUUCUACUUUUCCUGGAAUGAUGAGGCUUAUAAGAACCUUAGAUAAUUCGGAGAUGCCUGAUGAUGCUCAAGUCUAUCUCAACAAUUCAAAUUUGUCAUCUAAUAAUGGAUUUGACAAUGAUGACGCAGAGGAUGAUAAUUUGCAGACUGCAGGAUAUAUUAUUUCAAGGAUAAAGAGCCAUGUAGCUGCCCUACUUCUCAUUAUGCAGGUCAUCACUGAUAUAUACAAAUCACACCAGCAAUAUUUGUCUUCCAGCAAUGUGAAGAUUCUACUUGAUACUUUUUCAUCUAUCGCUUCUCAUGCUCACCACUUAAACUGUGAGACGACUUUACAGCUGAAGCUACAGAGAGCGUGCUCUAUUCUAGAAAUUUCAGACCCACCAAUAGUUCACUUUGAAAAUGAGUCUUACGAGAAUUAUCUCAACUUUGUGCAUGAUUUGCUCAUGAGUAAUCCAUCUUUAUCCAAAGAAAUGAACAUUGAACAACUAUUGGUAUCCGUAUGUGAAACAGUUGUUCAGCUGUAUCUGAGUUGUGCUAGUUCAGAGUCUGCCUCAGAGAAGCGAGUUAAAAGUCCAAUCAUUCAUUGGAUCCUUCCACUUGGCUCAGCAAGAAGGGAAGAACUGGCUGCUAGAACUUCAUUGCUUCUGUCAGCUUUGCGAAUUUUGAAUGGCAUGGAGAGGGAUUCGUUUAAAAGAUAUGUUUCCAUAAUAUUUCCACUGCUGGUGGACCUUGUUCGGAGCGAGCAUAGCUCAGGAGAAGUUCAAACCGUUCUAAGCAGUAUAUUUCGCUCAUGUAUAGGUCCAAUAAUUAUGAAUUCGUGAUACAGAUAUCUCGGCAAGGCUUCACAUAUACAAGUUAUCUUGUCUGGUUUGAUCUUUUUUUUUUCUACAUUAGUUAGGACCAAGAUAUAUGAUCAUCCAUUCAAAUUUUUGGUAGCAUAAGAAGUCAUGUAACAUGUAUAAAUAUACUGAUAAUCAUAGUGAAAUUUUUCUUUACA